UCCUCCUUUGUAUAUAACCGAGUCUCCUCCCUUGCAACCCACAGAACUUACUACUUCUACUACUCUUCUCAAUCUGAAUCUCUAUAUCUGUCGACACAGUAUCCAACAUGGGCAAUGCAAUCUCUCCUUGCUGUCAUCCCACCAAUUCGAAUCCCAAGUCAACGGUGAAGCUAGUAUUCUGGGAAGGAACCACCCGAAUCCUCACCGGAAAGCGGUUAGCCGGAGAAAUUAUGUUCGAGUUCCCCGACAGAAUAGUCUGCCAUGCGAACUCCUUCUAUAUCGGCCAGCCGAUACCUACACUGACAAUUGAGGAUGAGCUAAUGACAGGCGAGACGUAUUUUGUUCUCCCAAUUGACCGGUUUGCCUGCAAGAUCUUAUCAGCUGCGUCGCUCGCUGCCUUGGGCUCGAGUCCUAAACCUGCACCCAUAAACUUCGGCCAGCAGCCGUUCGAAUAUGUGAAGGCUGCCAAUGGGCGGGUGUUGAUCAAGGUGGUGCCGGAGUUCAUAACGAAGCUCAUCUUAAAAGGUAAAGAACAAGGGUGUGCUAGCCCAGGUAACAGUUUUCUGUGCAGCACGCUCGAGUUGCAGAAACACUAUGAUCAGUUGGUUGGAUCUAAAGAACAGACAUGGUCGCCUAAGCUUGAAACCAUUUCAGAGCGUAAGGCGAGGUUUUCGCCAUGCAGGCUUUUAGGGUUGGAGAGGAAAUUAAAAGAGGAGGGGUGCUAAUGAAUUGUUUCUUUCUCUUUCUUUUGAUACAAAAUUUUAUUGGAUGAUGAUUAAGGACAUAGAAAAUGAGUUCUUUCUUUUGCUGAAUCUAA